AUGGACAGUGCACCAUACAGACAACAAGACAUCACCAAAGAAGAGUUCAAGAACUACUACCAGAAGCGACAGCAGCAGAGCGAGUGGUUCAGUCCCAGCUGGGCACGUCAUCGAAUGUCAUGUAUUGGGAUCAAGGAGCAGCCAGCUUGGCAGUUUGACUUUGAGAUCUCUAACAAGACUGCGCAUCCUCUGCUGAUAAUUGGCAACACGCAUGACACAGUGACUCCAAUCGCCAAUGCGAGGAAGGUGUCCACGCUGUUCCCUGGCUCGGUCAUGCUUCAGCAAGAUUCUGAGGGUCACUGUUCUCAUGCUAUGCCUUCGACAUGUACUGCGAAGCAUGUGCGCAGGUAUUUCCAGGCUGGAGAGCUGCCGAAAUUGGGCUCUGUCUGUCAGCCGGACUAUAUGCCUUUCAUCGGUCAGAAUCCGGAGACUCGGUCCACCUCGUCUGCUGAUCCUGCCACCGACGAGCGACUGCGUCAUGCACUGGAAACGCUAUCUGAACCAUGGCUAACAGUAUGA